GCGGGCGGCGGGGGCGCCAUGGGCAGCGGCAGCAGCCGGAGCGGCCGGGCCCUGAGGCGGCUGCGCAGCCCCGACAGCCGGCCGGCGGGGCCCGGCGGGGCAGCCUCGGAGGGCGGGACGCGGCCUCUGGUCUCCGCGACGGCGGCGGCGGCCGCCCGGGAGGAGGCCCGGGAGGCGGAGGCUGCUGAGGGGGCGGCCGACCCCGACCCCGACCGCGACCCCGGCCCCGCGGACGGCGGGAACGAGACCUUGCGCCUGCUGGACCAGCUGCUGGCCGAGUCGGCGGCCUGGGGCCCGGGGGAGCUCGUCCCGCGGGGCCCGGCGCGGCCCAAACCCGCAGCCGGCGCCGGGAGCCGGGUGUCCUCCAAACAGAGCGCUGACGAGCACCCAGAGAGCAGCAGAGUCUCCAGAAACCCGGGCGGCAGCCACGGGAGGCCCGAGAAGCCGUCAGGCAUCUUGGCCAUCUCGUACGACUACUCGGAAGAGGAGCUGAUGGCCAGCAUCGAGCAGGAGUACUGUCGCUGAGGCUGCUGGAGGUGCCCUGCAGGUCCCCUGCUCCCCCUGACCAGACUGGGGUUGCACCCCCGCCCCCGCACCCUGCCCAGGCUCUGGCUGGAGCUGAGCCCCCUCCAACAUGCAGUUACUCCUGGUUCUUUCAAAAGAUCCAGCUUCAGGCUUGCUGGCAAGCGGUGGUCAGCCGUGCAGACCCAGGUGUGAAGGCAGGCACAGGUGCAGUCCCCCCCCCCCCCACCCCGGUGCAUGCGCAGGCGCUCUCCCAGCUACUCCUCUCGCAGCCUCUGCGGAGGGCUUGUCUGCGGGCUUCUCCUGGAGCCUGAAGUGUUUCCCCUGUAGGAUGGCCCUCUCUGCACUGGGACUGGGGACAGCUCAUCAAGCUGAGUGUGGCCCAGAUUGGCUCCCUUGGGGCCUCUAACACGUCCCUGGUUCUGCACAGCAACUGCCUGGAGAUGUUGAUGCCUGCAUUAUGGUUCUGGGCUCUGGGGCGGGGCCGGAGAGUCUGCAUUUCUAACCAGCCCCCAGGUGAGACCCGAGCUCCUGGACCCCCAGCCUCGCUCGGGGUAGGAAGGAUUGAGUCUAAGCUUUAGAUCGUACCUGACUCUUCCUUCCUGGCGCUGGGGCUGCUGAGAGCCACAGUCCGCCUGCCUCCCUGGAGAGAGGCCUGCUCCCCUCCUUGGCAGGUGUGAUGGGCGGAGAGCACGGGACUGGGAGCUGGAGCCCUCAGUUAACUAACAUGCAGCCACUUUCACCCUGUGGGCCUCAGUUUCCCUCUCUAGAAAUUGAGUCCUGGAGGCUCUUCCAGGCAUUCCAGCGCUGACAAUCCAGGCUUCCUUGAUCUCUGCUGUUCUGCAGCUGCAGAGGCAGCUCUGUGCCCCGGGAGGGAGGGGGGGGCACCCCGGCCCCACCUGGAGGAGGUCCUGAGGAACACCUGCUCUCACCAGCCUGAUGGGACUGGUUUACUCUCGUCCCACCUGGGAGAAGGUACAACGUCACCGCAUUGAGGCCAGAAGAGCCCGAGAACGUUCCCAGCGGACAGAUGAGAAAGCCGGUUUGCCAGGGAUGUCUGUGAAUCCAAGGCAGGGCCAGGGGAGCCACAGGCUGACUGGAAGGUGGGAAUCCUGCUGGGGCGCAGGCGUGGCUGGCCUUGGAAGAAGGUCCUGGCUGGCGUGCGGUUCGGGGGCCAGGUGGCAGGCCCCUCAGGAGCAGCUGGGAGGGCAUCAGAACAAAGGGGCACGUGGGUGUGAUGUCAACUUUUGCCAAAGCCAGAAUAGGUCUCAGCUUGUCACAGUUACCACCAACACAGAGCCUCCCUGGCGUUGCCUGCAAGAUGCAAGAGCUUCUGGGACACAGAUGCAGGGCCCAUUGGCCCUGGGGUCAGGUCCCCAGACCCACAGGCCUGCUGUCGUCACAGGCAAACAGGUGUUUCUAUGAACUUUUAUUGCUUGGCAAGGCAGCCUUUGAUCAGGUGUUCCAUCGCUGGGAGAUUCUUACUGCCGAGCUGGAGGAUGUCGCAUGGAGCCUUCCGACAACGGUCGCCGAUAGAGUGGCUCCGAAACCCCCCAAAGCGAGAGCUACUCCCCAUCCAAGCCCAAAUCAUUUCUUUCGAUCAAAGAGGAAAGCCAUUACUAUUUUAAUAAUACAAAUAUUUCUCUUAAAAGCAGUUAGUAUUUUCUUUCUCACCACCAGACAGAUCAGGCCUUGAAUUUAAUGACGUAAAAUGUUUACAGUUUUACCUCAUUAUUUUGUUAAAAUGGAACACAAUCAGCCAGUUUCCCGCAUUUUCCAGUGGAAACCUCAUACAACAAUUCAUGAGAUAAAAGUGUUCAGAAAAAGAAGAA